GCGCGGCCACCCGCUAUCCGCGCGAACGCCCGCAGUGUCCCGUCGCACGCCGGGCCGCUCGCUUCUCUCCGUCGCAGUCUCCGAGCGUUCGGCGACCGGCGCACUUAGAGUCACGACGAGCCGCGUACCUGAGGGAUUUGCACGCGGACGAACGGAGCAGCCUCGACGUCAGCCGUCCCAGAGGAAACGCUAGUACAAGAGGAUCUCUGUGAGCAAGUGGAAGGGAGCAUGACAGACAGUGGUGAGGCACUGAGAGGGAAAAGUGCUACAACGACAGCCAGGAUCUCGAAGCGCGUCAAUUGAGGAGACAGUGACAAAUUGAGGCGAUUGUUGGGACUGUUACGAUAAGUUGUCAGUGUCCUUAGCAGUGCAAGUUGUAAUGGCGACCGCGACAAUGGGACUUCGUCGACGAGUGCAGGUCGGAAGCUCGACGAGCGUCGGCCAGUCGAGCGGCGGCAAGCGUUCGCGGUCCGAAAACAACAACAGCCCCUCUCAGGGGAAUCUCAAUGCUCCGGUCUCGGAGCCCGCCUCCAAGAAAUCUCGGGGUCCGUCGUCGAGCGCGGGAGCGAGGACCGCAGCGGCCAAGGCCAAGGAACUCGAGCUCGCGAAGAAGGCUUCGAUGGUGACGCCGGGGCCGCCUCACUGGUCGGAUCCACGACCCUACGCCUCGAUCGCGGGUCUCUCGCUUCAGGCCCAAGCGGCCCUCUGCCCGGAGGCCGUGGGUCUGCCCUCGCCAAUGUCCUAUAUGUCGACAUCGAUGGCGACCUUCGUCGGGACAGCGACGAAUCUCGGGAAGAGCCCCUCGGUCUCCUACCUCGACAUCUCCAAUAUGACCGCCCGGCCUCCGGGAUGGCCGGCCGACGAUCCCAAUGGCUCGAUGGGUCUGGCGUUCGCGGCCGGGGCCCUCGCGAGCUCCGGUGCCUUCGGGGCCGGGCAUAAAGUCAAGGAGUCCGGCACUCAGCCAAGCCAUUUGAACCUGACCGAGGGUCAGCCCGCUAAGCUUGCCCAGGUCAGCCUACCGAAAAACUUUCCCAACGACUCCAUGUUCGGCGCUUAUCAGCCCUGGGUCAUCAAGACUUACGGCGACCUCGCCAAGACCAAGACCAUCACGAUAAGGAAGUACGCGCGAAUAUUGCGCACGCUGCGUGGCGAGGAAGUCAACAGCGCGGAGAACAGCAAGUUCCGCUUCUGGGUGAAGAGCAAAGGAUUUCAUAUCGGGCAGCCGGACGGCUACGAGCCAAAGCCCGCCGACAGGAUCAUCGGCCGCCACGCCGUGACUAAUCCGGGACUGGAUCCGCCGCUUUACGUGCCCACGCAGCCGCCCCACAACAAGACUCUUAAUGGAGCAGAGGGCACCGUAUCGACCGGAAGAGUGUAUAAGAAGGUUGCCAUAGUCGAAAACUUUUUUGAUAUUAUUCACGCCGUUCACGUUGAUCUUGAAGGUCGACCUGGAAAACACGCUGGUCAGAAACGAACUUAUAGAACCAUCACCGAGACGUACGCGUUUCUGCCGCGCGAGGCUGUCACCCGAUUCCUCUUAGGCUGCACCGAGUGCCAGCGUCGACCCCGGACACCCAGUCCCACGAGCCUCACGACUGCCUCGACGCCCGUCACGCCAAUGGUUACGACAACGGUGCCGACGACGACUACAACAACGACGACGAGCUCUCCCACGGGCGCACCACCCAGCCCCAAACCGGCCACGACACUCUCCAGCUGCACUGCGUCGACGAGGGUCGGGUCCGAGCGUCCGCGAGAGGCUAGUCAUGCCCCGGAGAGCGAGAGCCCCGUCGUCGGUUGUCAGCAAUCCUCGCAGCAACCCCCGCAACAAUCCUCGCAGCAAUCCACGCAGCAAUCCACGCAGCAAUCCACGCAGCAACCCUCGCAGCAACCCGCGCAGCAGCUCGCACAACAACCAAAUAUCGCAACGUCAACGGCCAACGCCAGUGGCUUACCAAAAUCCGACUCGAACGUCGCGAACUCCAAGCUUAAGGACGAGAAGUAUAAUCCCCUUAGCAUUAUGAACUUGCUGAGGAAGGACCCGAUUGCGAGGAGGCCGCCACCGCCACCACCGCCACCAGCAGCGGCCUCGCCGGCGCCCACGGGCUUGCCGCGCGUCCCCGAUCCCGAAUGCCCGAUUGCAACGACGACCAACGUCACUAUGACGUCGUCGAUGAGCGCGGAGACUAGCUCGCGACAAUUACGGCUACUACCGGAAGAUAGAAGCUGCAGCUCGACGCCUUCGCCCCGGUCCGUGGCUAAUGUACCGCGUCCCUGGAGUCCCGCUGGCGUCGAAUCCAAAUGCGCGCCAAUCGACUAUAGUCUACCUAUCAGCACCUCGUACCCGAAAAUUCAAUACCAGCAACAGCCGCAUCAACAGCAACAGCAACAACAGCAACAACAACAGCAGGCAGCAGCACAGCAGUUGCAGCAGCAGCAACAGCAACAGCACCAGCCGUUAUGCUCCGAAAUAAGGAAGGAGACGACCGAGGAUGAGAGCAGCAGUGACAGUGACAGCGAGGACGAGCGCGGUUUCUCACCGGCCGCGGGUCUCAUUGACACAAACCUCAACCUUUUGGCCACGAUCCAACAGCUCCACUGUCAAGUUAUGCUGGCCCUGACGGAACGUUUGCGUCCGCCCCCAACCGUAAGCCCCGCAGGUCCCAGUCCGAUAUCUGCCUCCAGCUCUGGUACCCCCGAGGGUGCCACUAGCGGAGACUCCUGAGGAACGGCGCCGCCGCCGCCUACGACACCGGCCCGAUGUAGCUUCACUAUCGACUCUCUUGUAAAUAACCAUUGUAAUAUAGGAAAUGAGGAAAAGCCUAACUAAUUCUGCGAUAAGAAGAGUCAUAGCAUUCGGCACGGCGGCGAGCGCACUUGUAAUUUAGCAUGUUGAUUGGCGAGCUAAGGGUGGGGUUUGUGAUCGAGCAGAUUUCUAGCUGACGUAGUAAUUAUGUCGUAAAGUAAUGUAAUGUAAUGUAAUGUAAUGUAAUGUAAUGUAAUGUAAUGUAAUGUAAUGUAAUGACCGCUCUUUCCAGUGACGUACCAUUGAUUAUAAUAUAUGACGAUAUAUUUAAAGAACUGUGCUUGAAGCUAAAGAAGUAAAUACAUGGAAGUA